GUUUUGCUUUGUUAUGAAAAACCACAUUUGCUUAUCUAAAAUUUUGAUAAUGAUGCGAGUUAUGUGGGAUUGGAAUAUUAAUACAUAGUGAUACACAAAGGGAGUAAAGUCCACACUGGCCUGAUAUUCAAAAAUAAGAAAUAACCUGCAAAUUCAUCCUAACCUAACUUUUGUGUAAUCGUUCAGUUUUUAACCAGAUUUUAACAAAAAUAAAGCAUGCCCCUUCAGCAACAGGAACUUUUAAAAGUGUGUGAAAUACUGGCGGAAGAGGAAGGUUUAAGAGUCACGGUAACCGAAUCUUUUAAAGGCGCUUGUUACGCCUUUGCUGGAGCCCUAGUAGGGGGUGUGUUGGGAGGUCCAAUUGGUCUAGGACUCGGUGGUGCAGCAGGAAGUGCACUAGCGGCUUGUAAAAGUCAGGGGAAAUUUAAAUCGGCUGUUCAUGUAAUUACGUAUGAGAUGCCAGAUAGGCAGAAGCAAAAGCUUGCUACAGCUGUGCAGAAUGUGAUACAGAACAUUGAUGCUUCGGAUGUAGUCACCCUCAUUGCGAUACUCAAUGGCAACAACAUUACUAGAAAUAUUAUAAUAGAUUUGAUUAAAAAUGCCCUAACGAGUGAUAUGGGUUUAAGAAUAGCCCCACAAUAAUAUUAUUUUUAAGUAUGAAUGUCAUUAAAUAUUGAAUUACCUCAUUUUUCUAAUAAGACAAUUUUAAGGUG